AUGUUGAAAUUGCUCCUCCUAACCACUAUGCUGAUCAGAGUGGAGGGCUGUUUGUUUGGUAAUGGGGAAUGUACAGGAAAUCUCAACCUCAUGACCCUAGCGUUGAACUUAUACACACAAGGAAUCACCCCAAACCUCGACUUCAGCAACAUCCAGAAAGUCAUUGACAUUGUGAUGUCCUGCAAUGACCUCCCUGUACACCCAAGACACCCUUACGCUGGCAAGCUUGUCUUCAUGGCCUUCUCUGGUUCGCACCAGGAUGCCAUCAAGAAAGGUUUCGAAGCACCAGCUAGAACGAGAAUACAGGUUACUUAUUGUGGUAACAUGUCGUAUAUGCCACUGGACCCUGCCAACCUUGGAUGCAGUUACAAAGCCGUCAUUCAUGUCAAUGCGCAGUCCGGAAUGGGAGGUAUCGCGUACCUUGUCAAGCAACACCUGCAACUUGACCAUCCACGCAAUAUGCAGGUUGCAUUCUACAAGGUCAUUCACCAAAUAUCCAACCACAACGCACGCAAAAUCACCGUCGAAGACCUUACCACAGCGUUCCAUGAGACUUACCACUUCGGUGGAUUGAAGUUUUCUCUGGGUGACUUCUGUUUCGAGCGGGUUGAAGGUGGAGGCCCCCGAUUCAAGGGUGAUAUGGAGAUUGAUGGUAUGGUGUGCAAGGUUGUUGGUGAGGGCAACGGUCCUUUGUCCGCAGCCCUCGCUGCAUUGCACUCACAAAUUGAGGGUACUCUUGUCUGCCAGGAGUAUUUGGAGCACCCUGUGGGAGAGGGUUCAGACAUGAAGGGUCCAAAAGAAGCUGCUUGGGGAUUUGGCAGUGACACCAACACCAACAUCACUUGCGUAUUUGCUUCCAAGACAGCUAUUGUAACCGGCUGGUAUAAGUUAUGGAUAGAACUUUAG